GAAAAUCAGAGAAUGCAGCGUUACCACCAAACUCACAGCAAAAAAAUAAGUUGCCAGCUCUCAAGCAAAGUGAACCACCAAAAGGAGAAUAUGAAUUCCAACGUGCUCAGCUGAAAAAGUUUAACACGCCAACAAAAAUUCACAACACUGAAACUGAGCCACCUAGUGUUGUAGAAAAGAAACUAACAUCAUCACCCAGUGUUGUUGACAAAACACCAACAGCACCAUUCAAUGUUGAUAACAAACCAACAGCACCACCAAGUGACAUUGACAACAAACAAAGAGCGCCACCUAGUGAUGUCAAAGAGAGUUCUACAGUACCACGUUCUAUAAAGUUGGUUACCCUUGAUGAACCUUCCCAGCUGUUGUCAAGUGCACCACCCAUUAUCCUAACUGAAGACAGGGAAAGUAAAUCUGAAGCUCGUCCUAAAUUAGUAUUACCAGAUGACUUAAAGAAAAUUAGAGUCAAAAAGGGGGAACCCAUACGCAUAGAAGUUCCUGUUAGUGGAAAACCCCCUCCAGAAGUAAGAUGGUUGAAGAACGGCAAGCCAUUAAAACCAACGAAAGAUCUAAAAAUGGAGCGUACUCCAGAUAAAGCUAUUUUGUACAUACCUGCUUCAGAACGAGAUGACACUGGAGCCUACCAGUUGGAGAUAUCAAAUGCACAUGGUUCUGAUACAGCUGAUAUGGCUAUUGGUGUGGUUGAUGUUCCAGGUCCACCGAAGACUGUGAAAGUGUCUGAUACAACAACUUCAUCCAUAUCUGUCAAAUGGGAAGAACCAGAAUUAGACGGAGGUUGUGAGAUCCUCGGAUAUAAGGUUGAAAGGUGUGAUGCAAAUAAAGAUGAGUGGACAACAGUUGCUGAGAAAGCACCAGCAAAUAAAUUCACAAUACCUAACUUGACUGAAAACAAGCAGUAUCUGAUUCGUGUUAGUGCUGUUAAUGAGAUUGGAACCAGUGAACCAAAAGCGAUUGAUAAACCAGUCACCGCAAAGGAUCCAUUUGAUCCUUCAGAUCCUCCAGGUCAACCUGAGGUACUUGAAACCCAUAAAGGAUUUGUUAAAUUGAAGUGGCCAGAACCCAAUCAGAUGGAGGUAGUCCAAUCAAAGGUUACCAUAUUGAGAAGAAAGAGACUAAGGGUAAGAAAUGGACAAAUAUCAGAAUUAUCUAAAUGUUUGCGCUUACAUACUUUUCCUCCAGUUCCCACCGACCCACCAGGUGCCCUCAAAGUUGGCGAUGUUACCAAGGAAUCUGCUCAACUCGCAUGGGAUAAACCUGUGUCUGACGGUGGCAGUCCAGUGAAAGGUUACAACAUUGAGAAGAGAGAAGUUGGCAAAGACAAUUGGGAGAAAUGUAAUAAAGCCCCAGUUAAGGAUGAGAACUUUAAGGUUGAAGGUUUGGAAGAAGACAAGGAGUACGAGUUCCGUGUUAUGGCAGAGAAUGAAGCUGGUAUUAGUGAACCAAGUGAAGCUUCUGAACCAAUCAUUGCAAAAGAUCCAAAAGUUGCUCCACAGAUUGACCUGUCCAAUUUCCCUAAAGAAAUCACUGUUAAAGCCGGACAGAUGUUCAAAGCCAGUGCACCAUUCUCUGGGAGUCCUGCUCCUGAAGCAAAAUGGAUGAAAGAUGGUAAAGAAGUGACUCCUGAUAACACUGUGAAAGUUAACUCAACACCUACAGAGAGUACUCUGAUUAAUAGAACAGCAGAGAGACUAGAUACUGGGGUGUAUCAAUUGGUUGUUAGUAAUGAUUCAGGCACUGAAACUGUUGAUGUCAAAGUAAAUGUCUUAGACAAACCAGCUGCACCAGAGGGUCCCCUUGACGUCAGUGAUGUUUAUGCAGAAUCUUGCAAACUUCAUUGGAACCCACCUAAAGAUGAUGGUGGCUGUGAAAUACUUAACUAUAUCAUUGAAAAACGUGAUGCAAACCGAGCCACAUGGACACCAGUUAGCGAUGAUGUUCCAGCUGAUGCUACCUCGUUUGAUGUCAAAAAACUUGUUCCUGGGAAUAAGUUUGAUUUCAGAGUUCGUGCUGAGAAUAAGGAAGGUGUGAGUGAUCCUUUGGCAACGACUGAACCCACAUUAGCUAAGAAUCCAUAUGAUGAACCAGAAUCACCAGGUGUGCCGGUAAUUGAAGACUAUGAUAAAGACUUCAUAGAUCUGGCAUGGGAAGAACCAAAGGAUGAUGGAGGAGCUCCAAUUGAGAGGUAUCUAGUAGAGAAGAGAGACAAGGCAAACAACAGAUGGGUACCAGCUUUUGAAGAACCUAUUAAAGGCACUAAAUGCAAAGUCACUGAUUUAAUACCAGGUCAUGACUAUGACUUCCGUGUGAGUGCCAUCAACAAAGCUGGCAAGGGUAAACCAAGUGAAGCUUCUAAUACACAGAAAGUCAAGGCUAAGUAUGAAAAACCAAGCUUUGAUCCAAGUGCGAUGAGAGACAUCAAAGUAAAGGCUGGUCAGAACUUUAAGAUCUCUGUACCUAUUGAUGGUGCACCACCACCAACAGUGACAUGGAAGAAAAAUGGAGAAGAAAUCAAACCGUCGGAUAGAGUGAAAGAUAAUUCAACUGAAACAAAUGCUGAUUUAUUGACCAAUGCAGCAGAACGUGGUGACACCGGAGAGUAUGAAUUGGUGCUGACUAAUGAUCAAGGAACUGUCAGUACUAAAUGCAAAGUUAAUGUCUUAGAUAAACCAACUGCACCAGAGGGACCAUUGGAUGUAUCAAAUGUGACUGCCCAUUCACUAUCUCUGGCAUGGAAUCCACCAAAAGACAAUGGUGGUACACCAAUUGCAGCUUAUGUUGUUGAGAAACGUGAUACAUCUGAAGCAGAAUGGUCAACAGUUAGUAGUUUUGUAACAGUAACAAAGUGUGAUGUUGGUAAACUGAAAGAAGGCAAAGAGUAUGAAUUCAGAGUGAGAGCAGAGAAUGAACAUGGUGGAGUUAGUGAACCUUUGAUGACAUCACAACCAAUCCUUGCAAAGAACCCAUAUGAUCCUCCAGGUGCUCCUGGUAAACCAGAUAUUCCAGCUUAUGAUCGACAUCAAAUGGAUCUGCAAUGGACGGAACCCAAUAAUGAUGGUGGUGCCCCAAUCACUGGAUAUGUAAUAGAAAAGAAGGACACCAAACUCAAUCGUUGGGUGAAAUGUAACAAAUCUCCUGUUAUUGGUACUAAAUUUACAGUUACUGGUUUGUUUGAAGGGAAGGAAUACCAAUUUCGUGUUUUUGCUGAGAACAAAGCAGGUCUUGGUGAACCAAGUGAACCAUCAAAUUCUCAGAUUGCAAAACCACAGUUUGAAAAGCCAAGAGUUGAACUUGAUCCAUUUAUGCAAACCAUCAAAGUACAUGCUGGAGAGACACUUAAGAUUGAUGUGCCAAUUGUUGGUAGUCCUCCACCGACAGUAACAUGGUUCAAAGAUAACAAACCAGUCUCUUCUAAGGAUAGAACAACAAUUGAUGGCACUGAUGAGAAAGCUUUAUUAACCACAGUGGUGGCAGAGAGAGGUGAUACUGGUACCUAUAAGAUACAACUAGAGAAUAGUCAGGGAACAGACACUGCUGAUAUCAAAGUUAUCGUGCUUGAUAAACCCAGUGCUCCUCAAGGACCAUUGACCCCAUCAGAUGUGAACCGUGAUUCAGUGACUCUCACAUGGAAAGAACCUGAAGAUGAUGGUGGUGGUUUGAUCAGUGCAUAUGUGGUUGAGAAGAAGAAAGUAAACGAAGACACAUGGAUUAAAGUAUCAAACAGCGUACCAUCCACUAAGUAUACAGUAAAAAUGCUAGAUGAGAAUCAGGAUUAUGUAUUCAGAGUAAGGGCUACUAAUCAGUAUGGUGUUAGUGAGCCUUUGGAGUCAGCCAAACCGGUCACUGUUAAAUUGCCAUUUGAUCCCCCGGAUGCACCAGGAACUCCCAAAAUCACAGACUAUGACAGACAUGCUAUCAGUUUGGAAUGGAAAAAACCUGACUAUGAUGGCGGCGAUCCCAUCAUUGGUUACAUCAUUGAAUGUAAAGAUGCAGACAAUUCACGUUGGGUCAAAGCAAAUAUCUCACCAUGUCGUGACACUAAGUACACAGUUACUAAUCUCAAAGAAGGAUCCGAGUAUGAAUUCCGUGUAAUGGCAGUUAACGAAGCUGGACCUGGCAAACCAAGUAGGGUGUCUGAUAAACAAAUGGCAAGGAACCCAGUCU